UUCCGUGAGAGAUAAAAAUAAAAAAUCAAAAACUCGGUUAUUUGCAUUUUUCGCAUAAAUUUUGAGGUUAUGUAAAAAAAGUCUAAAUACAAAAGUUGUAGAUCCUUUUAUUACCUAGAACUUUGCUAUUUAACUUUUUUCGAUAGGACUUGUAGUUUUGCCGGAAAUCGUGAUAAACCGUUUUCUACCCCCAAAAGCUCACCCUCUUCCAUUUCCCGACCGGAGAUCGCCCGUAAAUUAUUUUUCCUUUUAUUUUUGUUAUAUUUUCUUCCUUUUCCAAUGGGUAUGAUCCUGUUCUAUUUUUUUUUGUUCUCAAAAUAUCGGCCCUGGCCUAUUAGGCAAUAUGCUUAAUGACUAGUGUUUCAGGUAUUAUGCAUAAUUCCUGUUCCUCUCUUAGUUAUUAUCAAUAUUACCUAAACGUUUUCGUUAUUGUGCAUAAUAACUGAAAAAUUCAGUUAUUACGCAUAAUUCCUAAUAUUUCCAGUUAUUAUGCAUAAUAACUGACAAGUUUAGUUAUUACGCAUAAUUCCUAAAAUAUCUAGUUAUUAUGCAUAAUAACGUAUUUCGUAUAUUAGCUGUAACAUAUGCAUCAAAGCGCGGGCUAGGCCUCUGCCCGAACGCAAAAUUAAUAAUAAUAAUAAUAAUAAUAAUAAUAACGUUGGCUGCGUAAUGAUUCAGAAUUUUUUUUAAAUUUUUGCUUUUGUUCCAAUUUUUGUUUUUCUGAAUAUUUGGGAAUUGAUUUUCGCUUUGCAAAUACAUAUCAUUUUAUUCUCCCUUGGUAACAUACUUUUGCUGAUUUUAAAUUUCUGUCCAAGUUUACCGUGGCUAGUGAGUAUGGAUGUUAAAAAUAGUACACACUAUUUACACUAUUAUGUGACUAAAUUAUUUGUUAUAAUGUUUCAAUACAUAGUUACUACCGUGGUUCUGACUGAUUAAGGCUUCUCUCCUCUUCUAUCAUUUGUGAAGCUUCAUAGUAUCAUAGUAAGAUUGUUGUGUAUUGUAACUAUGACAAGUAAACAAAUUUUGAAAAAAACAAUUUUCAUCGUCAAAAUGUGCGAAAACUUUCUGGAUGAAAUUGCGAAAAAGGGAAAAGAAUUGCGAAGCAAUUUGUUACCCUUAAAGUCAAAAAAUGCAUACGAGAAAGUAUAUGUUUCGUUCCAAGACUGGAAAAAUAAAAACCGCAUCAAGGAAGUAACCGAAGAUGUUAUCUUGGCUUUUUUGGACAUGAGAUCGCAAAAGUUGUCACCUUGUUCUUUAUGGCCAGAAUAUUCAAUGUUAAAGGCCACUCUAAAGGCAAAAGAAAACAUAGAUAUUGAAAAAUUUGGUGCUGUUAUUUCGUAUAUAAAAAAAAUAAAUGUUGGUUAGGUAUCGUGGCAAAAAAUCCAACGUUCUGACACGAGAAGAAAUCAAAACUUUCUUGCAAGAAGCUGAUGACGGAGAAUAUUUAUUCGAGAAGGUUGCUUUAAUCUUUGGAAUUGCCGCAGCUUGCAGAAAGGCCGAAUUGUGUGCUAUGAGAUUUGACGAUAUACAAGAUUGUGGUAAUGUUCUGAAUAUUGUUAUACCUGACAGUAAAACCCACAAAGAAAGAAGAUUUAGUGUAGUUAAUGAAGGCUUUGGUGUUAAUACCAUUGAUUUGUAUCGACGUUAUGUUGCUUUACGAGCCACAAAUUCACCAUUGAGGUUUUUUUACACUAUUAUAACACCUUUGGAAAAAUUCCCAGAAAAAUUGCAACUUUCCUCAAACUGGAAAAUCCAGCUAAAUACACAGGUCAUUCUUUUCGUCGCAGUUCGGCAACUCUCCUGGUUAACGCAGGCGGAGACAUUACUUCGUUGAAGAGGCAUGGCGGGUGGGAAUCGACCAAGGUGGCAAAAUCUUGCAUACAAGAAUCUUGUGGAGAAAGAGUGAAAAUUGCUCAAACAGUUUUUGGAGAUGAAAAGCUGGCACCGAAUGAAUUAGUUGACAAUGAAAUCGUUAUGGACAAGCCCACGAACCUAUGUUACAGUGAAGCGUGUGGCAGUUCCAAUUCUAGGUCUAGUACUAGCAAGAACACCGCUCAAAAUGUUUAUUUUAAUAAUUGUACUUUUAACUUUGGUGAUAAUUAUUGUAAAGAUUCGAAAUAAAAAACUUGAAAUAUGCGAAA